CUGACGCUAUCAUCCAGUCAUAGCUCACAGCUGUCUUUGAGUGUGACCCCAACCAUGGCUCAGACAAAUCCCUCUUCGGACAUAACAAGUUCCUCCAGCACUGCAGCAAUGAGCACCCAGGCACCAACAGUUACUUCUUCCAGCAUUGACACAACAAACACUCAGACAGUAACUUCUCCCAGUAAUACAAGGAGUAGUUCUGAUGUUUCAACAACACCCAGCACACAAGUAUCAACAAUAAUUUCAACAAUUCCCACAAGCACAGCAGAUCUGACGCUAUCAUCCAGUCAUAGCUCACAGCUGUCUUUGAGUGUGACCCCAACCAGGGCUCAGACAAAUCCCUCUUCAGACAUAACAAGUUCCUCCAGCACUGCAGCAAUGAGCGCCCAAGCACCAACAGUUACUUCUUCCAGCAUUGACACAACAAACACUCAGAUAGUAAUUUCUCCCAGUAAUACAAGGAGUAGUUCUGAUGUUUCAACAACACCCAGCACACAAGUAUCAACAAUAAUUUCAACAACUCCCACAAGCACAGCAGAUGUGGACACCCAUACCUCAAGUGGAGCUGACACUUCUCUUUCUCCCAGCCCGACAUCUGCUGUCGCUACAGCUUCUCCCAGUGCAUUGCCGCCGCAGUCGACAUCCUCAGUGAUCACAUCAACAUCAGUUCCAUCAUGUGCAGGUGCUGCCAGUAACCUGCAAAUGACCCAACGUCCAACUUUGACAUACAGUUCCUCAAUGACCAAAGUCACCUUUUCCUGUCGAGUGCAAAAGGUUGCUGACACAGGGGUCACCUAUACAGUCAAAUGGGUGGUAGGAAGCACAAUAUUAAAGACCGAUGAACUUAAUGACAGAUUUUAUGCCCAAUUGGACUCCUCAUCUCUCAGCAAUGAAGAGCGAAACAACGUCUUAGCUAAAGGGAUUGGCUGCAAUGCCACAGCAUCCAUCAGUAACUGUCAGAGCUCAGAACUGACAAGUGAACAGUACUAUCAUUUCCAGUUCAAGGUGACUACACCAGGCUCCAUGCAGCUCAUUGAAGGAUUAUCUGUUGACAUUGGAGUGGAUAUGGGCAUCAGGCCAGACAUGUACUGCCCCCUCAUGUAUGGUGAAGCAUGCAGUGUGUAUGCUGAGGCAGCAGUUGUGGCCAUGAACAGUAGGAAGUGUGUUGGGUCUCAGCGUACUAUUGACCCACUGGUUAUAAAGUCUGCUGGCUUUAGUGUAGAGAAUGCUGUUUGUGGUGCCAGGAUGUCAGUCACCACAGCAAGUAUCAGCCUACACUCUGUCCUGGAUCGCAUAUCCCAUGCACAAGACACAAAUGUAACCGUGAACAUCUAUCAGAGAGAUCGAGUUGGGUCAAGAGACAACAUUACGCUGAUAAAAGCACUAGAGAUUACAAUCAUCGACAGGGACAUGGAGAAUGCACUCUGUGGAGCAACAGCAGAUCCUCACCUGACAACAUUUGAUCUCCUGCACUAUGACGUGAUGCUUGAAGGAGAGUUUAUCAUGUACAGACACACAGAGCUGGAGACAGAGGUUCGCAUUUACAUGAGACGAGUCGGUCUUGGCAGCGGGGUGUGUGGCACAUCUAUCCGCAGUGGUAAUGAUGUCAUACAGAUCAAUAAGUGUGACAUAGUCCCGACAAACACUACAGAGAAACUGCCUCUCAAAGUAAAGCAAUAUUUCAGGAAAUCACUCACACCUAGAACCAAAAUCUACCAGGAGGAGGAAGGCAAUACGUAUAGGAUUCUGUUACCAUGUGGCUCAAAGGUGACUGUUUCAACACUAGCAGACAUAUUCAUGAAUGUGUGGGUGGAGCCUUCAGCUUGGGUCAUUGGACGCUCUCACAAGGUCUCUGUGGCAUAUAUGAUGGUGACAAAACGAAUGACUUAACAGACAAGAAUACAACUGUGUACAGCAUAACAGGCAUCAGUAAUGAACCACUAGACUUCGCCAAGUCUUGGAGGGUCUCUGCAGGCAGCUACUAUGAUGUUGGUUAUGAAGGAUCUGAGGACUUUACAUCCAGUAUUUACUGUUCUUGUUCUGAGGGAGGAGAAAAGUUGUGCGGAUAUUCCCAGAACAUUGA